AUGGCCUCCAUUAUGGAGCGUGCCGAUGAAAAUCUCCUACCAGCCGUCUACAAAGAAGUCAGUGAAGCUUUUACCGCUGGGCCCUCAGAUCUCGGGUACCUCACCUUCAUCCGGAACUUCGUGCAGGGGUUGGCGUCUCCGAUGGUGAGUAUUCUAGUAAUUAACCAUGAUCGUCCAACAGUUCUUGCCCUGGGCACCCUGUGCUGGGCUUUAUCAACCGCAGCAGUGGGUGUUAGUCAGUAUUUCUGGCAAGUUGCGUUUUUGAGAGCAGUGAAUGGGUUGGGAUUGGCAAUUGUGAUACCGGCGCUCCAGUCUUUUAUAGCUGAUAGCUAUGCGGAUUGUUCGAGGGGGGUUGGGUUUGGGGUCCUCAUUCUUAUUGGGACUGUGGGUGGUAUAGGAGGUGGAGCUAUUGCGACGGUUAUGGCGGGUUAUGAGUUCUGGGGUGUACCCGGGUGGCGUUGUGCGUUCAUUAUGAUGGCAACACUCAGUUCCUUGAUUGGUUUUCUGGUGUUUUUGUUUGUGGUUGAUCCAAGAAAAACAAUGAAAAUUGAUCAAGAGUCUCGCGAGAAUACGGAAAGGUAG